UAAGAGAAUAUGUGCGACCUGCCUGUCUUUGACUUUGUGACAGGAACGAUGCCAUGGGGAAGCUGGUCAGAGGAGCAUCACUGCUCUGUCCUCAAUUUUCCAGCACAACUGAGGAUGAUUUAAAAACCGAGGCACAGCCAAGACCUUUCCUCCUCCUGUGCUCAUCAAGCAAUCACCGCUCAUCACCCCUCUGCUUCAAACACCUCAUUUGCAUCUGGCUGACCUUGACUCCCCUCUGUGGAUGGGAAGAUGAAGAGGUGGAAGUGUAAAAGAUUGGAAUUUUAUGGUGGGGACAGCAGGUGGGAGCUUUCCAAGCCAGACAAAGGAGACCUGACAAGGAACUGUGGUGAAGGGACAAGCCCAAGGCAAGGAAGUGUCCGGUCGCCUCCUCUCCUGGAACAGGCAGCAGAGACCUGGAGAGACAGGAGACAUCUUGCAAGACUCAACACCUGGAGCAGUGCUAACCAGGCAAGGAGCAGCUCUGUUGCUAUCAGGAUUGUGAUCUUUUUUUCUCUCUCUGUUUGUGUGUUCAUGUAGUUUUGUUGUGUUCAUAAGGGUAAAUGAACAACUGGUUUGGGGAAGGAAGAUCAGUGUGUUUUCCUUAAAUGUUAAAGGAAAACCCCACCAGAGAGCUGUUUGGGCUGGGGUUGUUUGCUGUUUGGAAUGCAGAGCUCUGUUUCUGAGGGGGAGAGGGCUCAGCUAUGCAUUUAUCCCAUUUUGUGCUCUGUAGCCUUCCCUGUGUUUUUGAGAGGGCUGGGGCAGCUGCCUGCUGCAGGGAGGGGAUGUGGGGAGCACACAGAUAAUUUGUAUGUGGUGCUUCCUGAUAAAAUCAAUGCCAGGGUGUGUAUCAGUCAGGAGAAAAGGGUUGGAGAAAACCAGGUGUGAGACUGUGCCAGCAGGGCAGAGCAGCAGGUUUGGGGAGAGUUAUGGCUCCUGUAAGGAGCUUUGCUGCAGCUGAUGGUGGUGGAGGUGGGAAAGGACAAAGUUUUCCAGGGUGAACUUGAAUCUUCCAGGUGAGAGGAAUCAAACCCAAGCAGGACUUUACUGGGGGUGUGGAGACAAAACAAGAAACUGGAAUAAAUUGGGUCCUAGCUGCCUUUCCUGUCACCUUGUCUCUGGUCCAGCUCUCCUUUGCCUGCCCCAGCUCCCUCCCAUCUUCUUUGGACACCGUGGCCAUUCUCCACCUGGUGUCCAGCACAUGGGCUCAGCCCUGUUCCCAGAACCCCUCUGCCAAAUCCUGCUGCUGAGCAAAGCAGGCAGGACUGGGGUGAUGCUCUGCCAGGACCCUUAGGAGCUGGAAAGAAACCCCUCCUGAGCUCAGCAGCCCUCAGCUCCUCAGUUGCUCCUCUGGCAUGGGAGGUUUUGGAAAUCACCACCAGCCUGGCUCUCCAGUUUCUCCAGUGAUUGAAGUCCGCAGCUCCAGGAGCAGAAAGACAUCUCAGUGGGCAGAGAAGUGGGUCAGGACUUAGGAUACAGCUCCUUGCAGCUUUGUUGCUUUACUGCCUUACACGUAUCUAGCACUGGUCUGUGCCUCAGUUUCCCUAUGGGUGAAAUGAAGGGAAUUUUCUGUUCUCCUUAUCAGAACAUUUUGAUGUUUACUGGGGAAAAUAAUUGUGCAGGCAAAGGAAUGAUCAUUUCCUGGAAUACUUCUGGGUUUUUUUGAGUCUCUUCUCUGCACUGCCUUGAUAUCACAGAGACAGCCCUGCACUGGAGCAAACUGCUGUAGAUCCACUGAAGUGAUUUGAGCUGUGCUGGUUCACAGGGGCAGAGGAACCAGCCUGUGUCUGCUCAGUGGCUUGUUCAGCAUCUGCUCAAAGUGUCUGCUGUGAGGGCUGGCCCUGCCUGAUCCCAGGUGAGACCUGGCAUGGCCAUCACUGCCAAGGAUGCUUGGAUGCACUGAAGGCAUGUGGGGCUGUGCUCAGUCAGACCCAAGGCAGCCUCCCAGCAAAGGGCUUUAGGGUGAGGCAAGCUCAGAAGGGUGGGAAUGGGAACAGAGAAAUAACUGGUAGAGGAAAUGCAGGGCCAAGUAUUUUAUAUCUUCAGGUUGUGCUGCCCCAGGUAAAGCACUGCUUGUGGACACUCCAACCACCGGAGAGCCCAAACCCCUGUGGUGACAUUCCCGUACAGUUCCCUCUGCUCCAGGUGGGCAGCCCUGAUGUCAGCCAAGCUCUACGUGCUCAUCAGCUGGCCUGACGGCAGCCGGGUCAUCAACAUGGAGAACAUCAAGGAGCCCCGCAAGCCCUUCCACCUCUACACGGUGGGGGAGCAGGUCCUGGCCCGCUGCCCCGGCUUCAGUGGGCUGUACUGGGGUGUGGUGGAAGGCAUAAGUGAGCAUAAAGAUAUUUUGGAGAAGAAGCUGCUGGAAGAUCGGCAGCUCCUGGAGAAGUUAAAAGAGGAACCAGCUGUCCACAACAUGAUGCCAUCCCCACCAAAAAAAUCCAGGAAAACCUUUCCAAAAUGGACCCCAGGGAAUGCAUCCAGGAAAUACCCCAAUGACAAGACCUAUCCUGCAAAGCCACUGCUGAGGGUGGCUGAGGCCAGCCUGCCUCAUGAUGCCAGCAGCUCCUCCAUCCUCAAGGACAGACGUGUCCUGGGAAGCGUGGCAGGAAGCCCUCGCUUGCUGGCAACUCCCUCCCAGCCAGCCAGUGCCUUCACACCUCCGUCCACCUUCAUCACCAUGGCCCUGCCAGGGCAAGGAGCUUCCCAGAGUGAAGAGGACAGGGCUGGUCUGGGUGCCAGAGAUUAUGUUGCCCUUCCAAUGAAGAGGAAGUCAGAUGGCAUCUUGUCCCCGUGCCAGCAGCAGAUCUGUCUGAAAAGCCGUGAAGAGCGAAAGAUGGAUGCUUUGCAAGAGACCGAUGGCUUUGAGAGGGUUCACAGAAAUUUUGGUCCUGUUGAGAUGGAAAGGGCAGAGAAGAUAGAUCAGCUGGAGAGGAUGGUGUUGGACCUCCAACAAGAUGUCCUCUCUCUGAAGAAGAAGGUGCAGAGGCUGGAAUCCCUGUCCUUCCAGGAGGAGCCCCACCGACAGCCGUGUGAGGUGGUGGAGCUCUUCAAUGGCUACACCAAGGAGCAGCUCAAAGAGACCAUCAGGUUUGACCAGAAAAUCAGCACAGCCUGCAAGACCCUGCUCUACAAACUCUUCACCUCUGACUACAUCCAGAGCCACUCCAUCACGGGGCGCAGGGGCAACACUUUCCGGGAGGCGAAGCCAAUGAUGGACGAACGCUGCAUCAAAAUCAUCAGGGUGCUUCUGAAGCAGAAGUUUGGGGAUCACCUCAGUGACACCGUGAUCACAGAGAAGAUCCAGAAUGUGCAGAAAGCCCUGAGGCAGAAGUUUAAGACAGAAUGUCUCUGAGGUGUGGGGGAUUUGGUGUCUCCUCCUGCCAUUCCUGUGUGUGUCCCUGAGCAGCCUUCCCAGGAAAGAUGAGCUGAGCAGCUGCUGCUCAGUAGAUUUCCCCCAAGGAGCCUACUCAAGUGAACCAUGUGCUAGACACAGCUCAAACACUGCCAAACCUCUGCCUGCAUUAACUGAGCAGGAAUCUGGCCUAACUUGGCUCAGUUUUUGCACUCUACAAGUUCCUUCACAUCCAGACUGUGUGCAAACCUCACUGUGGGUGCAUGGAAUCACCUCUGUGACUCUGAUGAUGUGCUCAAAGGCUUCAGGGCUCCAUUUGAGUCCAAGAAUGGGUCAGGAGGGUAGCCCUGUUCCACACUGCAGAAAUGUUGGCUUUGGGAUGGGGAAUCCAGCUGCACACAGUCUGUCACCCAAUGUGGCUUCUCUCUCUCUGCCUCUGGUUGCCUCCUUCUGCCUGUGGGACAAUAUUUACUCUUUUCUCACAUUGAAUGUUUUAUUUUCAGCAGUAACAGAAAGGCAGACUCAUUAAAAUGACACCUUAAAAAA